AUGUCUCUCUCCACCCCCCAUACAAACCAAACGACAUUGAUCGUGACAAUCCGCGUUUCACCAAACGACGUGCCAGCCUUCUUAGACGCUCUGCGACCCGUCUGGGAGCUUUGUGCCAAAGAGCCAGAAUUACUCUACUUCGACGUCUUCCACUCUCCGAGCGAGCCCGGCAAGUUUCGCUUCGUCGAAGUCUGGGCAAAGGACGAAAAAUGGUUCAACGAACACCAGUUGACGAAGAGCUACUACGAGCCAUAUACUAAAGUCACGGAGCCAAUGUGGAUUAAGCCAAGGGAAAUGGAAUUCUUCGAUCGUGUGCGUGGCUGGUCCUAUGUCACUGAGAAGUAUUUGGGAGAUAGCCAAAGGUCUUGA